AUGGCGGCAGUAAAGGAAACGAUCGCGGUUAUAGACAAAUCGGGGAAGAUGGUGUCGACAAGCAAGCACCUUUUCGGUGUAUUUAAAGAGGCUCGCAAUGCCUACCGCGAACGCAAGGCAGAAAUCCAGGCAGCCAAGUUCGCCGAGAAGCAGGCACAAAUCGCAGAGCGAGAAGCUCGUCAUGCAAUGGCCAAUCUGGCUAUUGAUGAUCGGCGGUCCGUGGCCUCAUCUAGAAGAUCGGGGAAUAGCAGAAGUUCUCGACAGCGAUAUCCACCAAGCCGUGUCCAGCGAGUCGACGAACCCUCAGGCCCGUAUUACGAACAAGAUUUGCACAAUGGGUAUUUUUCUUACCAGGAGCCAAAAUCUAUACGGGAAGUUGGACGUCGACACACCGACUUUGAGCUCAUUGCCAAAGAGCCGGCUCCUGUCGUUCCCGUGUCGCCGCCCGCGGCACAUGUCGAUAUGGACUUGGCGUAUGGAGAGGCGCAUCCCUCGGCUUUAGAACAUUAUCAGCCAAGGCCUGCAGACGAAGAGGAACUCAAUGGUCUCGUUGCCAGAGCCCAGGGUUUGCUGGAAGAGGCCGACUGCAUGAAGCAUACCGCAACAGCGACUAUGGCCCAUCUAGAAAAAAACCCCGAGGCCAUGGCCGCAGUUGCCUUGACGCUGGCUGAAAUCAGCACACUUACAUCGAAGAUGGCGCCCGGCAUUUUAGCGGGCCUCAAAGCCACCGCUCCAUCCAUCUUUGCCCUUUUGGCAAGCCCACAGUUCCUCAUUGCGGCUGGUGUUGGUGUCGGUGUGACAAUUGUGAUGUUUGGUGGCUACAAGAUCAUCAAAAAGCUCACAGAAGCACCUUCGACUCCGCAAAUUGCGGCCCCUCAAGUUCAAGUCGAACCCCCAACUCAGCCCAAGGAGCAACCAUCCGCCAGCGACGAAGAGCUGCUUGAGCUACAGAGCGAGCAUCUCAGUCGAGUGGAAGUAUGGCGACGGGGUGUGGCUGACUACGAGGCGAGUAGCGUUGGGUCGACCGUCGACGGCGAGUUCAUCACGCCAACGGCGGCCAUGAUGUCUGGCCUUGAUUUGUCAGAUCCAACUAUUUUUCGCAAUCGGGGUCUCGACGUUGAUGAAGGGUCAACAACGUCUUCUAGACGGUCAAAACAUUCACGACAUACGCGAUACUCACACCACACACAACAUUCGCAACAUUCGCAACAUUCACGGCGCUCUGGAAGGGGCGGUAGUAGUAGUCGGUCAACAGCAGAGGAGUCGAAGAAGAAAAAAACGACGGAACCCAAGAAGUCCAGCAAGUUACGAUUGAUUUUCACUGCAUAG